AUGUUUUCAUACUUAAGUUUAUUAUUUGAACCAAAAGUUUAUGUAAAAGGAGGUGCAGGUAGUAGAUGGGUAUUUUGGUAUUAUUCUACAAAUGGAGGAAUAAGUUGCGGAAAUUAUCGUAUAAUAAUAUUUUCAACAACAGGAUUUUUAAUAUUACUGAUAUUAUAUUGCAACAUUAGUACUAAGAAAAAAAUCAAAUCAAAAGAAGUAAAAACUAUAAUUGUGAGACUUUCCCCCGAAAUUAGUAUUCAAGUACAUGUUCCGACUCUAGUUUACAUUAAACAAAAUAAUCUUGAUUCUAUGCAUAAUAGAUCGAAUACUUUUUUUUAUAAUGCUGGAUAUAUGCUAUUCUUUAACACUUUACAAAAAUUGAUUCGCACGAAUCCAAAAAUUCCAACCAAUAAUUUAGCAUUAGCAGCUGUUAUUGCUUGGAAACGUUCAUCGAAUGAAGAUCGAUUGGAAUUUACAAGAUUAGCUCGAGAAGCUGGUAUCGACAAUUAA